CCCGUCCGCUCAGAGGGCGUGAGGAUUGCCGGUGGCGGCCGGUUGCCUGUGGGCGGGGGAAGUGCCAGUACUCUUCUGUGCGGCAACUCAGAAUGAUGGAUCAAGCCAGAUCAGCAUUGUCUAACUUGUUUGGUGGAGAACCAUUGUCAUAUACCCGGUUUAGCCUGGCUCGGCAAGUAGAUGGAGAUAACAGCCAUGUAGAGAUGAAGCUAGCAGUAGAUGAAGAAGAAAAUGCUGACAACAACACGAGGGCCCAUGUCUCAAAACCAAAAUGGUUUAAUGAAAGAAUCUGCUAUGGCGCUAUUGCUAUAAUUAUCUUCUUCUUGAUUGGAUUUAUGAUUGGCUACCUGGGCUAUUGUAAACGUGUAGAUUCAAAAACUGAAUGUGAGAGACUGGCAGUAACGGUGACGAGCAAUUCGGGAAACAUCGAGGAGGAAGAGGCAGUCCCUGCUCAAUCUCCUCGUUUAUUUUGGACAGACCUCAAAACAAUGUUGUCACAGAAACUGAAUACCAUAGACUUCACCAGCACCAUCAAACAGCUGAAUCAAAAUACCUAUGUCCCUCGUGAGGCUGGAUCUCAAAAAGAUGAAAAUCUUGCCUAUUUUAUUGAAAAUCAAUUCCAUGAAUUUAAACUCAGCAAAGUUUGGCGUGAUGAACAUUACGUUAAGAUUCAAGUCAAAGGCAGCAGUGCUCAAAACUCGGUGACUUCGGUGACAGCGAGUUCAAGUAGUGACCUGGUAUACCUGGUAGAGAAUCCUGAAGGUUAUGUGGCAUACAGUAAGGCUACAACAGUUACAGGUAAACUGAUCCAUGCUAAUUUUGGCACUAAAGAAGACUUUGAGAAUUUAAGCUCUCCUGUGAAUGGGUCUAUAGUGAUUGUUAGAGCAGGGAAAAUACCUUUUGCAGAAAAGGUUGCAAAUGCUGAAAGCUUAAAUGCAAUUGGUGUCUUGAUAUACAUGGACAAGGCUAAAUAUCCCAUUGUUAAAGCAAACGUUCCAUUUUUUGGACAUGCUCAUCUGGGAACAGGUGACCCUUACACACCUGGAUUUCCUUCUUUCAAUCAUACUCAGUUUCCACCAUCUCAGUCAUCAGGAUUGCCUAAUAUACCUGUCCAGACAAUUUCCAGAGAAGGUGCAGAAAAGCUGUUUGAAAAUAUGGUAGGAGAAUGUCCUUCUAGUUGGGGAACAGACCCUUCAUGUAGGCUGCAAUCCUCACAAAAUCGGAAUGUGAAGCUCACUGUGAACAAUAUGCUGAAAGAGAUAAGAAUUCUUAAUAUCUUUGGAGUUAUUAAAGGCUUUGAAGAACCAGACCGAUACAUUGUCGUAGGGGCCCAGAGGGAUUCCUGGGGCCCUGGAGCUGCAAAGUCCAGUGUGGGAACAGCUCUUCUGUUGGAACUUGCCCGGACAUUCUCAGAUAUGGUCUUAACAGGUGGCUUUAAACCCAGCAGAAGCAUUAUCUUUGCCAGUUGGAGUGCUGGGGACUUUGGAGCUGUUGGUGCCACUGAAUGGCUAGAGGGAUACCUUUCCUCUUUGCAUUUAAAGGCUUUCACUUACAUUAAUCUGGAUAAAGCUGUUCUUGGUACCAGCAACUUCAAGGUUUCUGGCAGCCCACUAUUGUAUAAACUUAUUGAGAAGACAAUGCAAGAUGUGAAGCAUCCACUUAAUGGGCGAUCUCUAUAUCAGGACAGCAAUUGGGUUAACAAAGUAGAGAAGCUUUCUAUUGAUAAUGCUGCUUACCCUUUUCUUGCAUAUUCUGGAAUUCCAUCAGUUUCCUUCUGUUUUUGUGAGAACACUUAUUAUCCUUACUUGAGUACCGCUUUGGAUACCUAUGAGUACCUGAUUAAGGAAAUUCCUCAGCUGGACAAAAUGAUGUGUGUAGCAGCAGAAGUGGCUGGCCAGUUCAUAAUUAAACUUACCCAUGAUGUUGAAUUGAACCUCGACUACGAGAUGUAUAACAACAAAAUACUUUCAUUCGUGAAGGAUCUGAACCAAUACAAAGCAGGCAUAAAGGAGAUGGGCUUGAGUCUACAGUGGCUGUAUUCCGCUCGGGGAGACUAUUUCCGUGCUACCUCGAGACUAACAACAGAUUUCCACAAUGCUGAAAAAACAAACAGAUUUGUUAUGGGGCAAAUCAAUGAUCGGAUCAUGAAAGUGGAGUACCACUUCCUUUCUCCCUAUGUAUCUCCAAGGGAGUCUCCUUUCCGACACAUCUUCUGGGGCUCUGGCUCUCACACUCUGUCAGCUUUACUAGAGAACUUGAAGUUACGUGAGAAGAAAAAUGGUGCUUUCAAUGAAACACUGUUGAGAAACCAGUUGGCUCUAGCAACUUGGACCAUUCAGGGAGUUGCAAAUGCCCUUUCUGGUGACAUUUGGGAUAUUGACAAUGAGUUUUAAAUGUGACAGUGAUAACGUACUAAGAAUAGCAGAGUAGUCUGUGCUGGUUGUGUUAAAUUUUCUGUAGAGCUACAAAACCUAAUGUUAAAAUUCUACCCAAUCAUCUUGAUACUACUAGAUGUCUGUAGGUUAGGCAGCAGCUUUUAACACAGGGUAGGUACCUGCUCUUCAACUUAAAGUGAAAAACUACUUUAGAAAAAAAUGUUUAUGAUAGAAUAUUUUCUCGAAUUAUCUCAACAAUUUUAACUGCCUCUUUGUGUCAUAGUUAUGAAAAUGUUAGAACCAGUUCCAUGAACUCUGCUCUAAAUCCUAAGGACAUGAUCUUUUGAGGUGGGAGGAAGAAGGUGGUAGCUGCCGAAAAUUAAAAGCAGUGGCUUGGCGUGUAUGAUCCUCAAUCUUAAUUUGAUGCUAAAUAGGAGAUACCAGGUUGUAAGACCUGGUUAUCCAAAUAAGAUACAUGCCCUUCCAUAAGGAUUUAGCUGGUUUCCACAUCCCUGAAUGAAACAGUUAACUUCCAGAAGAGCUAGGACUUGUUUUCUUGCCAGUGAGGUUUGAGUCCUUCAAAACUGGAUAAUGAGGUUCAACUGUUCAUCACAGGAAUAAGGCCUUAAUGUAUUAGCUGCAUUAUUUAUGAAAAGAGGAGACCAGAAGCCAAAGACUUUUAUGCAUUUUGUUUUCCUGUGAUCUCUGCUCCACAGCCUUUAAAUUCUUUGUUUUUUUCCAAAGUAUUCUGAAAGAACCAGUUUUAGGCAUUUAAUUUCAGACUCAGUUUGUCAGAUUAUUUAAAACACACUGCCAAGUUUUGGCCAAAGUGUUAAUCUUUUGGGAAAGCUUUCUAUCAUUUUGGCACUGAGAUAUUUAUUGUUUAUUUAUCAGUGACAGAGUUCACUAUAAAUGGUGUUUUUUUUUUAUAGAAGAUAAUUAUCGGAAGCAGUGCCUUCCAUAAUUAUGACAGUUAUACUGUCGUUUUUUUUGAAUAAAAGCAGCAUCUGCUAAAUAAAACCCAACAGAUACUGGAAGUUUUGCACUUAUGGUCAAUACUUGAGGGUUUUAGGAAACAGCCACAGACUAAAUAAAAUUACACUGUUAAAUAUUAAUUGGAGAAGAAUUAAAUUUAAAUAGGGAUUGUUAAUUAAGUUAACUGUUUUUAGCUGGCUAAAAAUAAAAUUCUCAUAAAUGUAAUGAACUGUUACCAGGUUAUAAAUAAAUAUCACUUCAAGCCUGUGUUAGUACUCAUACAAAAUUUUAUAUCAGACAUUCAAGGUAUAACUUAAAUUCCAGUUUUGCAAAAUUUCCAGUACCUUUGUCACAAACCUAACUCACAUUAUCGGGAGCAGUGUCUUCCAUAAUGUAUAAAGAACAAGGUAGUUUUUGCCUACCACAGUGUUUAUAUCGGAGACAGUGAUCUCCAUGUUACACUAAGGGUGUAUGUAAUUAUCGGGAACAGUGUUUCCCAUAAUUUUCUUCAUGCAAUGACAUCUUCAAAGCUUGAAGAUCGUUAGUAUCUAACAUGUAUUCCCAACUCCCUAUAUAACUUAGUUUUAGUUUCAGAAACAUUUUGUGGUCAUUAAGCAUUUGGUGGGUAAAGUCAACUGCUGUAAAAUAAAAUUAUUCCUUCAAGAUCUUUUUUUUUUUUUUAAAUAUGGGUGUUUUGUUGUCUGUGGUUUCUCUAGGUCUUCUGUUUAGGGGGUUAGCAUACAUUUAUAAUGUUUGAUGUUGAUAAAUGAAUUCAACUUGAUCUCGUUAUUUGCAUGUUGUCUUAUAAAAUCUUAGUUCAGGCAAGUUCGAAUCCAGAAUUGACCUUUUGGCUUAAAGAAGGGGAACUUGUAUAGAUUUGGGGUGGGAGGAGUGAAGGGUGUGGGGAGGCAAAGCUUGCAAAAAGAUCUUUAAUCUACCAUUAGUAUGGUGUGCACAAACUAUAGAUAUUAACAGAAGUUUGAGGUCAUUUGAGUAAAGGCUUUUUCUCAUUAGCCAUCAUCAUAAACUUGAUAACCAGCUGUUAAAGAGCAGUUCAAAAAACUGCCACCUAAGGAAAGGUCAGUAGGGUCUCUUAAAGGUUUUUUGUUGUUGUUUUUCUUUUUUUUUGUACUGGAGCUUGAACUUUCAAGUCUUGUGUUUGCUAGGCACAUGCACUUGAAUCAUCCUUCUGCCCUCUCUAAGGGUUCUUAAAACCUAGUGUCACUCACUCAAGUUACAUAGACGUAGAUUAUUAUUUUAUAGCCUCACUGCAUUGUUUUGCUGCUCGGUUUUGCUCAUCUUCAUGGACCGAUACUUACUACAGCUAAAUGAAAAGGUCAUAGCUGGGAUUCCUAGUUUGGGUAUCUUGCAUGCAUACUCCAAGGUAUAAUGGGAAAAAGUGUUCACAUUAGGUCUUAAAAAACCCUAACCCUUUGCUAUUAAUGGGUUGAGUUACUUCCAAUCAAACAAGGCAGUGAGUGGCAAGAGGCCUGAAUGAAGCAUGUGUCAGAUGAGUGGCAACCUGUUAAGUCUUCAGAUUUUUUUCUGGUUAAAGAUUUUGAAGGUAAAGGAUCUACUGAAUGAGCUCUGUCAUGAUUCACUGUAGAACUUGCAUGACCUUCACUGUGUUAGCUCAACCUACUCAGCUCUAUUUCUGUAAACAAGUGACAUGCCCUUAUACUUGUACACAAGCCAGUAUGUGCAACAAUGGGGAGAUUCCUUAUGUGAUUUAAUAAAAUGCUUGAACACUAAAAAACAUUUUUGUUUUUUUCUUUUGUUUCUAGAACAGUUUCAGCCAAACUGGGCAUAAAGUACGAAAUUCCCAUAUACCCCCAUCUCUGCAAUUAUCAGCAUUCCACACCACAAUGGUUCAUGUAGCAAUUGAACCUGCAUAGACUAUAAUCACCCAAAGUGCAUAGUUUACAUUAGGGUUCUCUCUUGGUUGGUGCUAGAUAUUCUAUAAUUUUCCUCCUUGCUCUUAAGCGUAUUUGGACAGAUUCCAUGGUUUUUACAAACUAGUCUUCAGCAGCAGGCAGAGAUCAGAAGGAUCACUGAAGCCAGCUCCAGGUGAAUAGUUCUUGAGAACCUGUCUUGGAACUUCCCAGAACAAAAACACUAGCAUGAAAACCUGACUUCAAAAACCCCAGUGCCACUAAAAGUCCACUCUAAUAGAAGGCUUGAGUCUCAUUCCCAAGGUGUGGUUGGCUUGGGUUUUUUUCUCAGUAUUCCCCCACAAAACAGAAAGCUAGUACAGCUGUGACAUUACUGGGGUUCCCUCUAGGUGGGGACAUUCAAAUGCCAGUAAUCUCUCCCAUACCGGCAUCUCAGUCCUGCUGUUUCUGGUACUCUUGCUCAGGUGUCAUUCAGGGCAACUCAAGCUUGGUUCUCUGAUUAGGUACUCCCUCAGCCAUUUCCAUGUUUGGCCAUUCUGUGUUAGGUGUUAGUCAUGCACAAGUCCCUGCAUCCUCAAGAUGUGGCGGGUUAUAGGCUGAGCUCUCUAAACUUC